AUGAACCUCAAGGUCGGACGCGUUGUCAUCAUCACCAGGGGCCGCUAUGCCGGAAAGAAGUGUGUGAUCAUCUCACCACUUGACAACGGCACCAAGAGCCACCCCUUCCCCCACGCGCUCGUUGCCGGUAUCGAGACCUACCCAUCCAAGGUCACCCGCCGCAUGUCAAAGACCAAGCAGGCCAAGAAGAGCAAGGUCAAGCCUUUCGUCAAGCAGGUCAACUACACCCACAUCAUGCCCACCCGGUACACCAUCGAGCUCGAGAACCUCAAGGGCGUCGUUUCCGCCGACACAUUCAAGGAGGUCUCGCAACGGGAGGAGGCCAAGAAGACCGUCAAGAAGGCCUUCGAGGAGCGAUACCAGUCCGGAAAGAACAGGUGGUUCUUCACUCCCUUACAGUUCUAGGCUUUCCUUCGGUUACGGCUGGGCGCAGAUGGGCAUGAUUUGAUACGGAAGAUGCUGCAUGAGCGGUGGAUAUCAUAGGAGGACAGGACCCCAAAAGUGGCCUGCCAUCCAGGCGUGUAUUUCGGC